AUGGAGGUUCAGCGGUGCGCAGCCUGCAGUCUGAACAGCCUUGAGAGAGACUGUGCUUUGCUCGUUGUGGACGUGCAGAACGAUUUUGCGGACAAACGGGGAGCGCUCUACGUGACGGAUGGAGAACAAGUUGUCCCUCUAGCGAACCGGCUUCGAAGGCUUUUUCAGACAGUGGUGUUCACAAAGGACUGGCACCCCCGAAAACACAUCUCAUUCGCCAGCUCCCAUCCGGGAAAGCGACCCUUCGAACAAGUUGAGGUUUCAGACAACUCAAUAGAAAAGCGCGUUUUGUGGCCCGACCACUGCGUUCAGAACACCUGGGGAGCCGAGCUGCACUCGGACUUGGUCGUAGACAAGGACAGAGACAUCAUCUUUGAGAAGGGUACCACUGUGGAUAGAGACUCAUAUUCAGCGUUUCGGGACGAGACCGGUACGGAAACUGGUCUCCGUCAUAUCCUGGAUACACUCGGCAUCAAGCGUGUUUUUAUCUGUGGCCUCGCCUAUGACUACUGCGUCGGUCUCACAGCUCUAGAUGCAAUAGCGAUAGGUUUUGAUGUCCUGCUUGUCGAGAACGCUACCAAAGCGAUCACGAUCGAUGGAUUCAAAUGCAUGAGACAGAAACUUUUACAGAAUGGUGUGAGGCUUGUGCACUUUGAGCAGUCACAACAGGCUUUCUUUGAAUCUAUUUCAAAAGAGGAUAACCUGUGA